CUCUGCUCUCAGCAAAUCUAUCCUUUACAAGUAACAUGAACAGAAGCACCAUCAGUAGGGUGCGCAUUGUACGCAAUCUGUUAUGAAUCUGGAGCCCCAAGCUCAGCGCUUCACCUCCUGCGACCGUCACCCGGAAGAGAACUUCACAGGCUUCUGCGCCUCAUGCUUGCGCGAACGCCUCGAAGGUUUGGACCCGGCGACCCGCCGAGGGAAGACCAACAAUCCCUCUGCUUCUACUUCCAACACCGCUGCCUCCGCCCUCAAAGCCAUCUUCAAGGGUUCUUCCGCUGCUGCCGCCGAUAGUAGCCUCGCCAACCACCGUAAUAAACCCUCCUCCUCCUCUUUCUUCCCCGAGCUUCGCCGUAGUAAGUCCUUCUCCGGCGGUAAAGUUGAGGGCUUCUCCGGUGUGUUUGAGCCUCAGCGCAAGUCCUGCGACGUUCGGGUUCGGAGCACUCUCUGGUCCCUCUUCCACCUCGACGACGAAAGGAAGGUCGACAACAUCAACCACAGCAACAACAAGGAAGCUUCGGGCUGGGGUGAAGUUGAAGUCGAGACCAGAAACUUAGGGUUUUCUGGGGUUGGAGAGCCCGUCUUCGAGUCUAGGGAAGAAGAAGAAGAAGAAGAGAAUGACGAGGAAAUUAGGGUUUCCGAGGAGCCCGCUGUCCCUAUUGUGAACCCUGUUGUUGUUGUUGUUGUAGAGAGAGCUCCAGAGAUCGAAGAGGAGCAGGAGCAGGAGGUGGAACUGGAGCAGGACCAACUGGUGGAAGAGGAAGUGAAGACCAUGAAGGACCAUAUAGAUCUCGACGCCCAGAUCAAGAAACCCCCCGGCAGGGACUUGAAGGAGAUUGCCGGGAGUUUCUGGUUGGCUGCUUCGGUUUUCAGUAAGAAAUUGCAGAAAUGGAGGAAGCAGAAGAUAAAGAAGCGUGGCGGUGGCUCGACGACAAUGCGGACCGAGAAGCCUGCUGGGAGGCAUUACAGGGAGACGCAGUCGGAGAUCGCCGAUUAUGGCUUUGGACGGAGAUCUUGCGAUACUGAUCCGAGAUUCUCUCUGGAUGCCGGUCGGAUGUCCUUUGACGAUCCACGCUACUCUUGGGACGAGCCUCGGGCUUCUUGGGAUGGUUAUCUCAUCGGCAGUAGGACUCUGUCGCGGCUUCCUACGAUGCUUUCAGUGGUAGAAGAUUCCCCUGCAGCCCCUGUUCGAAGGUACGAUAACCUGAUCCCCGUGGAAGAGCAGCCCAGAAAUUCCACCGCCAAUGAGGAUGACACCACCCCCGGUGGAUCGGUUCAGACUCGGGACUAUUACUCCGAUUCGUCCUCUUCGCGAAGGAAGAGCCUCGACCGUUCCAGUUCCAUUAGGAAGAUGGCGGCCGCUGUGGUGGCAGAGGUUGAUGAGACUAAGUCAGUAUCGAAUGCGAAGGUGUCUCCUGCAACCAUCGAUUGUGUCCAUGGGACGAAGCUGUCUGUUACAGACAGAGAUUUGAAGGAUUUGAACUCGAAAUCGAAUUCUAAUUCUAUCAGAGAUGACUGUUCGGAGAGCUUAGAGUCUGCUUUCAGAGAUGGAGCUCCUGUCGUCGGAGGUCUUGAUCGCAAGGGUUCUAAGAAGUCCAGCAGAUGGAGUAAGGCGUGGAACAUAUGGGCUUUGAUUCACAGACGCAACGGCAGCAAGGACGACGACGAGGAUGAGAGAUAUUCCAGGGGAAAUGUGGUGGAGCGCUCCCUCUCUGAGUCUUGGCAAGAGCUGCGGAGGGAUUCCAAUGGAGAUCCCAGGGGGACCUUCAACAAGAAGGUCUUCCGCAGCAAUAGCAGUGUCAGCUCCAGGAGUUCCUUUAGCACCGGUAUCAUAGGUGGUGGUUCAAUUGGCAGUUUGAGGACAAGUGGCAGAGAAGCUAAUGGGCAUGGUAAGAAGAAGAGAGAUGAUUUUGUAUUGGAACGGAACCGGAGUGCAAGGUAUAGUCCCAGCAAUCUUGAUAAUGGCCUCCUGCGAUUCUACUUGACACCACUGAGGAGCAGUCGAAGGAAUGGCUCUGGGAAGAGUAAAUCAAAGAAUUCACAUUCUAUUGCCAGGAGUGUAUUGCGGUUGUACUGAAAGGUGCAUCAGGUGUUCAUCGAUCAAGUGUUGAUUUACCAUUUUUGUUGUGUAAACACAUAUAUAAUAUAUAUAUCCUAUAUAUUUCUUGUUGUUGGAUAGAUAAAAGCACAUGUUGAUGUUGCCUUCCCCAUGCUUAGCAUGCUUUUGUCAAUCGCGUAAAUAAUGAGAAUUUCCAUAUUUCUUC